UUGGAAUGAUGAAUUCCUAUAUUUGUUUUGCUUUCCUCUCGUGGAUGCUGCUUUAUCGGGUUUCGACGCAGCUAUUGGAUUUGAACUGCGGUACUGUUUCUCGGUUUGAUAACCAUGUGAUCUCCGAUAGUCCCUGGAUGGCUUUGAUCAUAAUACCCAAUAAAACAUGCACUGGCACCCUGAUUCACACACAAUUUGUCGUAACAUCAGCUAAUUGUGUUUUUAAUCAAAGCGAUUCAUCGUCUUCUAGACAGUUGCCAUCCAACAGCACCGUUCGCUUGGGGGAUUUCAAGAGCCCAAAACUGGAGGAUUUUAGUAAUGAAUAUACCCCUAUAAACUACAACAUCCGAAGCGCCUACAUUCACUAUUCUUAUGAAGAAAAAACAUAUAAUAAUGACAUUGCAUUGCUCGAACUAGCAGAAGAUGUGCUCUAUAAAGCCCACAUACGGCCCAUAUGCAUUUGGUUAGACGAUAUCGCAGUAAAAAAACAUAAGAGCUUUUACGCCACCCGCUGGGGCUUAGAUGGGAAUAUAAACUCAGGAUCCCGAACAAACCCAAUUACCAUUUUUAAGCCGAAAAAGUGCGAAAAGACCUUAAAUCUCUCUCCACAAAAUUUUCAAAUCUGUGCUGGCUACAAAACAAACAAUACUAACUGCGCGGAGCUUGGAAGUCCUUUGAUCCAUAAUAUUAAGCGAAACAACCAUACAUUUUCCACACUUUUCGGAAUUCAAAGUUAUGGCGAUUUGGAAACAUGUUUAUAUACCAAUAUCUCAAGCUACACUAACUGGAUGGUGGGAAUCAUUCUGGAGGUUGAUGUCGUUGUUUCGAAUUUAGAGCAUGCCUACAAUUAA